AUGAUUAGCCCAAAGAAGCUCAUCAAAAUUGCAAGAAAGUGGCAAAGGAGAAGUGCCAUGAGGAGGAAUAGAAUUUCUUUUCCUAAGAUCAACACCAACAGAAACGCUAAAUCUUCUAAUACAUCAACUUCAACUACUACAGGAAAUUUUGUUAUCUACACCAGAGAUCAAAAGCGAUUUACUGUUCCUCAAGCAUAUCUCAACAAUAACAUCAUGAAAGAGCUAUUGAAGAUGUCUGAAGAAGUAUACCAUCAGUUGUACACAUCACUAGUGGCUGAGAAGAGCCAUUCUGUUGUGUACUCAGCAGAUAAAAAACGUUAUCUUUUUCCUUUGGAAUAUCUUAACAAUGAUAUGAUCAAAAAGCUAAUCAACAUGGAAGAAGAAGAACCCGAAUUGCAAAGUAUGAGGCCUCUCACAACUUAUGGAAUAUGCAAUUGCUUUGAUCAAACAGCAGGUUACUAG